AUGGCCUCAGCUGAGGUGAAAAUGCAGGAAAUGAGUGAGGUUGUGAUAGUCACAAUGUCCGAGGAGGCAGAUGGAGGCCUCGCCUCUGUGGUUGAAGAGGAUAAAGCAGUGCUGGUGGCCACAGAGCUCAGCCAUCAGCCAGGGGAGCAGGUCCUAACAGUCACUCAAGUGGAAACGGAUGAUUCCUGUAAACCAGAUUCCUUGUCAAAUGAAGAAGCAGUUAUUGUGAAGUUAACCGAGGAGGUGGAUGUAGAGGCAGACAUUUUCUACCCCAUCACGUGUGGGGACGCCACUGCCACAUUGGUGUGGAAGAAGUUUGUUUGCCCUGGGAUUAAUGUCAAAUGUGUCCAGUUUAAUAAUCAGCUCAUCAGCCCAAAGGAGUUUGUCUGCCUAGCAGGCAAAUCAACACUGAAGGACUGGAAAAGAGCCAUCAGACUCAAUGGCACCAUGCUCAGAAAAAUCAUGGACUCCGGCGAGCUGGAAUUCUACCAUCAUGCAAAAAUUUGCUCGAACACCUGUCGCAGCACCAAGAUUGACCUAUUGGGAAACAAAGUGUCCUCCAGCUCGGAUCGUGCUUGUGCAAGCACUUCAUCCACUGCUUACUUGAAUGGAGACUCCUGCCCAGAGGCUUCUGGGGGAACUUCUGCGGGGGUCGCAGACGUUGGAGAAGAUGCCGUGUCUUUUUGGCGCACACUAAAGGAAGCAGGGCUACUGGAGGAAGUGAUUGAGGACUUCCAGAAAGAGCUCCAAGAAGUGCUAAAGGGGCUGCACGAAAGAGUGUGUGAGCCAUCGUUGCAAGCCAAAGAUGCUGCUUUGCUCGACAGCAUUGUGCACAACUUUGGAAUGCUGGAUCUGGUGAAAAAGGUUCUGAGCAGUCACAAGAGCCAGAUGGACCAUUACAGAGAGCAGUACACCAAUAGCCUCGCUGGUAGGUCUCUGGAGCAUCAAUGUGAUGAGCACAGGAAGCGAGCCAAGGAGCUGAAGAGCAAAUCUCAACACCUCAACAACGUCCUGAUGAACCUCUCGCCAUCACCCUCAGCACCAGCCCCCAAACGCUCCCGCAUGAGCCGCGCCGUCUCCACUCCUGCCUCCAUCAGCCCGGCGCCCACACAGGUGACGCUUCCUCUCAACCAGCUGAGCGCUGUACCACUCGGAAAGCUGUUGACUGUGACGGGAGGCGCGGCAGCCCCCAACUUGGGCGGCUUUACUCUCCUGACCUCUCCGUUCAACGGGUCGGAGCUGGCGGCCGACGCUUCCAAUCUGACCGUUCUGUCCACUGUGGCGGGUCAAGAGGGGACAUCCACAGAGAACGUGGUCUCCUCGACCUUUGUCAAAAUGGUCAGUCCUCAGUUCCAGCUGGUGACGCUGCAGGGCCUACCCACCACGCAAAACACUGCAAUCGCGCAGCCGGUCAGCACCUUCGCAGUGGUGGACGCCGCGCCAACAACCACGGACGUUUUCCUACAGGGAGUCCAAGCUGGUGAGCUGGAAGAAGGUCAGCACAAUGAGGUGAGAGGUGAUGACAUGCAACAGCUGGUGGAACAACAGUGA